AUGGUGGAAGAAGCAAUUAGCUCUUUAAACGAGAAAAGCGGUACUUCACGGCAAGCCAUCUUGAAGUACAUUCAAGGAAAUUAUCCAGUUGGCGAGAAGGCUAAAAAUCAGGUUAAAGUUGCUUUGGUCAAAGGAGUCACCAAUGGACGACUUGUUCAAACCAAAGGCACCGGAGCCUCGGGGUCAUUCAAGAUUUCCAAGGAGCUCAAAGAAGAACAGAAAAAAGCUGAGAAAAAGAGACUUAAAAAGGAGAAGAAAACUUUGAAAGAAGCUGCUAAGGAGAACAUUUCGCCUGACAGCGACAACGAAGGUGUAGAAGGAAAAACCAAGGCAAAGAAAACCAAGAAGACAGUGCUAAAGGGAGACGAUGAAAAAAAGAAGAAAAAGAACUCGACGAAAAAAAGCAGUGACAGCAAAGAGAAAAAAUCUUCAAAAGAUUCAGCAGCGAAGAAAAAGAAAUCCAAGGCGAAAAAAUCGGAGGAAAAGCAAGCUGACAGCGACACAGAGGUUACGGCAGAGAAAAAAGCAAAGAAAUCGCUCGCAAAAGCUAAGACAAGUAAGAAAUCGUCGCCAGGAAAGAAAGCAAAGAGCACAAAGAGCAAAGACUCGACAAAAGCUCCUAAACCAAAGAAAACUGCAGAAGCAAAACCUAAGAAGAAGAAAGCGCUGGCUGAGAAGAACUGAUGAGAAUGUAUGAACCAAUUUAAAUUUGAUAAUUGUAAAUAAGUGUAAAUAGCUAUUCACAGAUAGUGACGUCUGUUUGCCAGUUCGAUGUAAUCAAUAUCCUUUCAGAUAUUUCACCCUAACUGUUGACUUGCGGGUAUGGAGUUGACGGAAAUAUUUGCUUCGUUCUCUUUUUAAAAGUACUGUCCAGUUGGAAGUUGUUUUUACUUUUACCUUAUUUCUUGGGAAUUUUUUUUUCGACUCUUUUAAGUUGCGCAUAUUGUAAUAGUUCGACAGUCGGCACGCUUGUAGAAAAGAUGGACACCUUAGCAGACUGUGAAUAAAACGUGUGUUUUUUAUUAAAGCAUUUUGAUUGAAAAAUCGAGCUAUUCACUGAAUGUAAUACGAUUGUUUAAACGUGUAUAAUUUUUUUAAGAAGUACUCGCGAUAAGCAAUUCUUCGCAAACUAAGACGUAGAGUGAGCAUGUACUUGAAUGUAAGCAAUAGUCCUCUACAUCUCAGACGGAGUCAAUAAUACAAGCUCCAAUGUUUUUUUUUUCCAGUGCUGCGCGCACGUGCUAUCGACAAUUCUGUGAUAUGUGCAUACUUGGACUUUUCUCAACCCUUGAAGCCCUGGUUUCUAGCACAGUACACGCGAUGGAAGCAAGGGAAAUAGGAGACGUCCAGGGGCUUAGCUAGGAAUUUUCCAGAGGUGCGCACAGUUUUUCAAAUCCACCAAACCUCUUCUCCCCAAUCGUUUCCACACGGCGGAUGCUUUAAAUAAAUACAUUCCGAGACGUGUUUAUGCCUCUGGUGAGUGAAACAUUUCUCUUGUAUGGGAAAAAUCAUGUUCUCGUGCAAUAUCAACGGCGUUUUGUGUGAAUGUGUGUUCAACAAAAUCGAGGAAAACACUUUUUUCAACUCCUUUGCUUUGUUUUCUUUGUUUGCAUGUUUUUGUUUUUGUUUUUCAUUAAACUUGGGCAACUUUUCAGUAGCCUGCGUAGCAGGCGUCGAAAGGGGUCCUGCCACGCAGGCUACUUUUCAGGUACGCACGUGCGUUCUGUGUUACUGGUAGCUAAGCCCCUGGUUUCUGCGAGCACGCUAUAGUUUAGUCCUUCCUUCUUUAUUCGAAAGCCUGCUUUUCAUUUUUUUCAAAUCAAAAUUGUAAAAAGCCUUCGGGAUUGUUUGAUUACAGCACAACUUAACAGAAACCGGCUAAAUAUUAUGUGGCUGUGAUGAGACGUUCGCAUUGUUUUCCAUUAAGCGAUAUCCUGUUUUAAAAUUGCAAAUUUGACAUAUGGUAUAAGUCUCGACUCGCCCACUCUUUGACUCCUCGCUCGUCCGUUAUGCUAUAACGACCACUAAAGGACCGACCAACAUUAUUCAUAAAAUUGCUUCUCGGAGCGAAGUUUUUCACUGAUAUUCGCGCAUAUCUUAUUUCAGAUUGAACUCACUAACUCUGUGAAAUGGCUGUAAAAUGCAUCUUCAACCUCGUCUCCAGGGUCUUCUCGCGUUCCAAUAUGGCGCUGUCACAGUGAUAUUGACAUCCCCAUUCCCAAAAUCCUCGUGAUAUGGGCAUCCUCUGUAACUCUAACCCUAAACCUAACCCUAACCCAAAUAGCUAAGGUAAUAUAAGAAGCGGAUGCCCAUAUCACCAGGGUUUUGGGAAUGGGGAUGCCCAAACACUGUAACAGCGCCAUAUAUUUGAAAGUUGAAUGCGCCUUUUUUGCUCUUCUUAUCCAGCGGUCUCUAUUAGCUGACCUACCUACCAACUGACCCUAAACUAGCUGAAGGCACAGUGGUCAUGUUGGUUGAAUGCCAAAGCGUUUCCCUUCCGCUGGGAUUUACUAAGCCUUUUUUUCAGGGAAAUUGUUCCAGAAAAGGUGCUGUUUCAGUAUCAUCCAACACUGCCGCCUUGUCACGCUGUAGCAAACCCUGAUUAUGACUUAAAGCUGAUAAAAAGUUCUUGAACAGUGGUGGUUUGGUCGCAAUUUGCAGUAAUCGUCCUAACUUUCAAUCGUGACCUCCGUCUUAAUUUGUAAUACCUCUCGCAAUUCACUUGUAAUUAAUUUGUGGUAUAUUGUAAUAAAAAGUUGUCACAAUUUGUAAUAACUCUGCAUCGUAAUUAAUGAUAAACUAAGCUGUCACAAUUUGUAAUAACUCGACAUCGAUAAACCAAGCUGUCGCAAUUUGUUAUGAUAAACAUGAUACACGUGAGUAACAACACAGGAACAGCAGCAUCAUCAACACAUGUCGAUCGAAGAAUGAGACUUGUUGGUCACGUGAGUUAUAGUUGUCAAGUUCAUACAAACGUGUAAAACGUUUGUUAUAGCUAAUACCAGAGCUCAUUAUUCAUUCGUUUACGAGCUAGGCAAGGUGCUUUUUCCCCAUUUACAGAAAUCAUUCCUUUGAAAAGGCUCGGGCAAAUGAAUUUAGGAAUAAAUUCAUGGGAGAAGCCGAUCCACUACAACGAAUAGAAACUGAUCGCUUGUACACGCGCCCACACACGGUAGGACAUUAUUGGUGUGGGCAUGGUGUGGGCCAUUUAAUUCAGUUUUCCAGUGUGGUAAGAAUCCCUUUUCUAUUCCGCAAGCUUAGGCUUUUUCUUCAGGGUUAUACCAUAUAACUCUUACUCCGGCAAGAAAAUAAAAUCCGAUUGGCCUUUACUGUUGUUCACACAUAGCAAAAGUGAUUUCGGAAAGGUUUCUGACGUUUCUGUACUCGGGAGCGAAGCUAAUCCGAUAUUGUAAGUGAUUCGUCAACUUUCGGAUAUGUUUCGGUACCAUAGUAAUUGCCCUUUUACAGAACUUCCUGUUCCAUCCCGUCCUGGACGAUAACGUGGUUUUUAGUAAGCGGACUGCUCGUUUACUGUGCCCAAAAAAUAAUAUACUCUACAUUUGUCAUUUUGGUAUUUCUACUUCUGCUUCGCAUGGGUGGUGCACGAUAUACCAAGUGAAUAGCAAGUCCCGAGUUACGUCACAAAGAACACAAUAAUGAUCCCUAGCCCUUACACAAUAACACUACAUGUAUAGACUUCACACAAUAGAACAGGACAAUACCGCAUAUAUUGGCUUGGUAUAUCGAGCAUCACCCGCUGCUGAUGACCUGAAAAUCCUACAUCGUCUCUGGGAACCUGUAACCAAAAAUGGCAACCCAAACACGACAGCUUAGUUUAUUUCAAGUUCUGUCGUAAAGGUAUUACAAAUUACAAAAACGAAAAAGAAUUGCAAAUUUACAGCAGGCGGAAAAAUCAGCUCUCUCAAACUGACAGUAACCCUGCAAGUUUUAUUUUUAUAGAUAAUUUUCUUGGCUGAUUUCCUCCAAAAGCAACACAACAGAAUAGUAUAAAUCCCUAGACGUGAGAAGGUUUCGCCUCACAUUUGUAAAGGUGCUAAAAACACUACAGUAUAUAGAGGCUGAUUUCCACUGUUGCGUAAUUAUAACGUGCUUACGUACGUAAAUUUUACGCACGUAAAUAAAAUAAAGGCAAUGUAUGGAAGAUCAGGCGUAAACGAAAAAGUUGAACCUCGCUCAACUGUUACGUUUACGCGCGGCCUGUCAGAUAUCACCUCUAUUUUAUUUACGCGCGUGAAAUUUACGUGCGUACGCACGUGAAAAUUACGCGACAGUGGAAAUCCACCCUAACAUGCUUUACCUGAUCACAAAAUGGCGAUAACCCCUUUUUUGGCGUUUCUGACUGACGUUAGUGCCUAUCUAACUAUGAGAAAAGUUUUGAAACAAAAAUCUAUAUCAAACCAUGGUUUAUAAGAGGAGACUGGUUAUGAAAGGCGCCGAGCAAAAAAUGUAAAGCCAACGGUGCUGCAGUUUAUGUUGGAAGCUGCCUGACGUUGCAGAAUCCUUUGUUCUUUGUUGGUCACUACGAUCAAAUUGUUAGGAAUGCUAUUGAACGUUGUGCACCAUCAGGUGUACGCGGUGACUAAGCCUAGCCAUGCAUAUAUACCCUUGCUGCCUAGCUUUUAAUUGCUCCCAUAUUAAACAUCUUUUUAGAUCGCGGCGAAGGACUAUUAACAACCAAAAUUUUUUUAAAAGACUACGCGGAAGGCUAAAAGCAUAACAAAUGAUCAAGAUGAUUUUACACAAAUUCGGCGAACAACUUUUUCUGAUUCCUUUGUGAUUUUAAGCAUUGCUGGCAUAAACCUGACCAUAAAUAUUCUUGCUUGCUCGCGCUUUGCUUUGUGUUACAAGCAAUUACAAUAAGAUUCAUAGAAUGACGUCAUAAUCCUAAUAGACGUCUGGUGAAUAUGAAAUGUAAUAAGCAAGGUGAAUUACAGCGAGCAGACUGAAACGAAGUGAAUGUUAAAAACGACUGCGAGUCA